CUUCUCUGUAAAAAUCCGCCGUAUGAUUAAACAGCAACCCCCACCUCCACAGACAUAUAGACGUUGCUUUCCUUAUACUUCGUAUGGCUGAUAAGUAAUCUCUUGAUAGAGAAAACAAAUGCUCAAUAAACAUUUUCACAGAGCAACCAAACAACAGAACUCACCGAAGCUACACCAUAACUGACUCAUUCACUGCCAUUGAAGCUUCUUUAAGCUGUAGCUCUACCCCACUUCAACUACCCCUUUUAUACCUCUCUUUGUAGCAAACAAACAGAACCCAGUUCCUGUUUCUCGUUUUCCAGACCUGGGUUUGAUUCUAUUUCGUCUUCUUUUUUACUAGUUUGCUCUUAUGGAGUCACCCGCUGGACCUGGUGCUAGAUCCAGCCUCACGGGACCUCAACCUCACGAGACCGGACUCGAUUCUCUCCAAUUUGGGGAAGAUAUCCAGCACCUUAUCUCUGUGCCCCCGGAAAAUGCCAGCUCCUUCACUGCCCUUCUCGAGUUGCCGCCCAAUCAGGCCGUGGAGCUUCUACACUCGCCCGAUUCGAGUCUCAGAAGCCGAAACGUUAUUGAGGCCCAUCAACAAAAACCUUAUCUAGAGCCCCAUUUCAAUGCUGCGAAUUUAAUGUUUCCUACUAACAGUGGUUUGAUAGAGAGAGCCGCGAGAUUCUCGGUGUUCGCCGGCGAGAAUUUGAACAAUAUUACCAAUAAUUCGCCGGAGACGAGCUCAGUUCCUUCGAAUUCCAGUGCGAAUCUCGAGAAAGUCGUUAAGAGUGAACCCGCCGAGCCUGAAUCAUUCUUGAAUCCAUUGCAGCCGUUGGUUUCUGAUCCCACGACUGUUGAGAACGGGGCACAGAAUCAGAGGCCGGUGAAGAGGAAGGAGCGAGAGAAGAAGGGUAAAGGCUCAACAAAGAAGAGCAAGAGCUCUGCGAAUGAGAAAUCUGAAGAUGGGGAGAAGCUUCCUUAUGUUCACGUUCGAGCUCGUCGUGGUCAAGCCACAGACAGCCAUAGCUUAGCAGAGAGAGCGAGGAGAGAGAAAAUCAAUGCAAGGAUGAAGCUACUUCAAGAGCUGGUCCCAGGCUGCAACAAGAUUUCUGGAACAGCAAUGGUUCUGGAUGAGAUCAUCAAUCAUGUACAGUCACUACAACGCCAAGUGGAGUUCUUGUCAAUGAGACUUGCAGCAGUUAACCCGGCAAUUGAUUUCAAUUUUGACAGUAUAUUGGCUGCAGAAAGUGGAUCUUUAAUGGAUAGUAAUUUCCACAGCAUGGCGAUGCCUCUGAUGUGGCCAGAAGUCCAAGUUAAUGGGAACAGACAAAAUUAUGAACAGCAAUGGCAAUUUGAUGCACUUAACCAACUGGUUUGGGGAAGAGAAGAUGACAGCUAUAACUUCAUUACUCCAGAGAACUCCCUUUUGAGUUAUGACUCCUCAGCCAAUUCAGCAUCUCUGCGCUCGAAUCACUUGAAAAUGGAGCUAUGAGGGCAGAAUGAAAGCUCCACUGAUAACAUGUAUAUAAUCAAAUACUAGCAAAUUACCAGCAAGUAGAGGGGAGGCCUCAACAUUCAUCUUGAGUUUCCACGCGUACAAUUUACCGGAGUGGGCUGGAGACUCGGAAUUCUCUCACCUGGAGAUGAGAAAUUUCAAUAUGUUAUUCUUAUAUAUAUAUAUAUAUAUAUAUAUAUAUAUAUAUAUAUAUAUACUAAUUCUGAGAGUCUCAAUCUAAUACUUCAAUUGUGAGAUGAUUGAUUGAUUCAUAUUGUAGAAAUGCAGAAUGAUCUAUCAUCAUCAUCCCUUAUUAUGGAAGUCUGGCUUCUUUGUGUUGCAUGCA